GCCAAUGGGCAGAACGCGCGGGGGACGUGUUCGGGCGUCUCCGCCAUUUUGUGAGUCUAUAACUCGGAGCCGUUGGGUCGGUUCCUGCUAUUCCGGCGCCUCCACUCCGUCCCCCGCGGGUCUCCUCUGUGUGCAAUGGACGGCAUUGUCCCAGACAUAGCAGUUGGUACAAAGCGGGGAUCGGACGAGCUCUUCUCUGCCUGUGUCACUAACGGACCCUUUAUCAUGAGCAGCAACUCGGCCUCUGCAGCAAACGGAAAUGACAGCAAGAAGUUCAAAGGCGACAACAGAAGUGCUGGUGUGCCUUCCAGAGUGAUCCAUAUCCGCAAGCUCCCCAGUGACGUCACUGAGGGCGAGGUCAUCUCCCUGGGGUUGCCCUUUGGGAAGGUCACCAACCUCCUGAUGCUGAAAGGGAAGAACCAGGCCUUCAUUGAGAUGAACACAGAGGAGGCGGCCAACACCAUGGUCAACUACUACACGUCGGUGACGCCUGUGCUGCGCGGCCAGCCCAUCUACAUCCAGUUCUCCAACCACAAGGAGCUGAAGACGGACAGCUCGCCCAACCAGGCCCGGGCCCAGGCCGCCCUGCAGGCCGUCAACUCCGUGCAGUCAGGGAGCCUGGCCCUGGCGGCCUCAGCCGCUGCAGUGGAUGCUGGGAUGGCGAUGGCAGGCCAGAGCCCAGUGCUCAGGAUCAUCGUGGAGAACCUCUUCUACCCUGUCACCUUGGAUGUCCUCCACCAGAUCUUCUCCAAGUUUGGCACGGUCCUGAAGAUCAUCACCUUCACCAAGAACAACCAGUUCCAGGCACUGCUGCAGUACGCUGAGCCCGUGAGCGCCCAGCACGCCAAGCUGUCCCUGGACGGGCAGAACAUCUACAACGCCUGCUGCACACUCCGCAUCGACUUCUCCAAGCUCACCAGCCUCAAUGUCAAGUACAACAACGACAAGAGCCGAGACUACACCCGCCCUGACCUGCCCUCUGGUGACAGCCAGCCCUCGUUGGACCAGACCAUGGCUGCAGCCUUUGGUGCACCUGGUAUAAUGUCAGCCUCCCCGUACGCAGGAGCUGGUUUCCCUCCCACCUUUGCCAUUCCUCAGGCUGCAGGCCUCUCCGUCCCCAACGUGCACGGGGCCCUGGCCCCUCUGGCCAUCCCGUCGGCAGCAGCAGCUGCAGCUGCAGCGGGCCGGAUCACCAUCCCUGGCCUGGGGGGCGCCGGCAAUUCCGUCCUGCUGGUCAGCAACCUCAACCCUGAGAGAGUCACACCCCAAAGCCUCUUUAUUCUUUUCGGCGUGUACGGCGACGUGCAGCGAGUGAAGAUUUUGUUCAAUAAGAAGGAGAAUGCCCUGGUGCAGAUGGCAGACGGGAGCCAGGCCCAGCUGGCCAUGAGCCACCUGAACGGGCACAAGCUGCACGGAAAGCCGGUGCGCAUCACGCUGUCCAAGCACCAGAAUGUGCAGCUGCCCCGUGAGGGCCAGGAGGACCAGGGCCUGACCAAGGACUAUGGGAACUCACCCCUGCACCGCUUCAAGAAGCCAGGCUCGAAGAACUUCCAGAACAUCUUCCCGCCCUCGGCCACCCUGCACCUGUCCAACAUCCCGCCCUCCAUUUCAGAGGAGGACCUCAAGAUGCUCUUCUCCAGCAAUGGUGGCAUUGUCAAGGGGUUCAAGUUCUUCCAGAAGGACCGCAAGAUGGCGCUGAUCCAGAUGGGCUCAGUGGAGGAGGCCAUCCAGGCGCUCAUUGAGCUGCACAACCACGACCUGGGCGAGAACCACCACCUGCGGGUGUCCUUCUCCAAGUCCACCAUCUAGGCCCCACCGCCAGCACCAGCCUGCCGGGCGCCCCGGCGACAACUUCCAGCAUUCCACAAAAAGCCACUUUAAAAGCAGCUGAAGUGACCUUAAAAGACCAGAGAUUUUAUUUUUUUAAAGAGAAAUCAGUUUACCUGUUUUUAAAAAAAUUAAAUCUAAUUCACCUUGCUCACCUUGGGGAGGCAGGGUGCUGGCUGCAGGCUCUUGGUGGCUGUGCACAGUGCCCGCUCCCCAGGCCCCUCGCCUGUGCCUUCUGCAGCCUGCGGGUGGGCGCUCCCAAACCUCCACUUGGCGUUCUUGUGCCUUAAACCCGCUGCUCCCGCAGGGCCUUCUUGUGGUAGCAAACGCGUAGGGGUUUGGGGGCUCGGGACGGCCUCCUGCAGGGAUCAUGUGCCUGGUGUGGCGGGGGGCCACCGUGCAGGGGCGGCCCACACCCCAACCCUCAUCUAAUCAAGCGUGCGAUCCUCCCCACCCCGGCGCUUCGGCUUGGAGCUCCUCAUGCUCUGUUGUGCUUUGACGCAGUGUGCACACCUGUGCCUAGCAAUAUCUCCAGUUGACCAAAUAUCCUAAUCUUUCUUCAUUUAUAUGCAAGAGAAAUAGUUUUAAGUAACUUUUUAUAUAGCAAGAUAAAAAUGGUAUGAGUGUAAUCUAAAUUUCUUCCUCGUAUGACUUUGUAUACUGUAUUUUUUAUUUUAUUCCUUGUAAUGAAGUCACAGGGCGGGAUCUCAUUUCCAGGGCAGAUGCCAUGGGUGGGGCUGGAGAGCCCGGGUCCUUCUAGAAGCCCCAGGCCUCCAUCUGAGACCUCUAGAUGCCUUACACCUAGCCUGCUCUCUGUCUCGGAGGACAAGCGCUCUUAAGCUUUCAGGGUUUAAUUUUCCUGCAAACUUUGGACCAAAGUUUUGUUUUUGUUCUUUGCUUCUAAUGCUGGGACCCCAGAAGGUGGGACAACGGCCCUCGAGUCUUAACUGUCUCCUUUUCCUCGCGUCCAGCACUCCCUGCUCCAAGGGGUCCCCGUGCGCAGACCCCAUGCUGGCCAGCUCCUCUCUUGGGGCUUGGACCCCUGAGUUUCCAUGUUGGGGUGGGACAAGGGUGUAAAUAUUUAUAAUUUUUUAUACCUGUUGUAAGACAUGAGGGGCAGCAAACACCGUUUUUUAUGGUGACACAGAUGUAUAUUUUGAUACCAGCAAUUACAGGCUCAGUAUUGUGAUGAGCACGGCACAUUCCACUGCCCGCCCAGUGGCUUAUAACGACUUGUAAUGCGGAGAACAGAAUUAAAGCGAUUUUACAACAAUGGCCUUUCCCAAAGGCGUUCUUCUGUUCGUCAUGUAGAAGGCAGUGGCCAGUCUGUAUGGACUUCGAAUAAACUGUCCCGCACUCCA